UAACACAAACAUGUCUCGCUUUGCUUUCCUGGUGUUGUGUGUCCAGGCUGGCCUGAUCCAGACUGCUCUCUGCGGGCGCCCAUGCGGUUGCAGUCAAAUCUCUUACGCGCCCUCCGGUUACAUUGGCGGCGUCGAAAAAGUCAUUGAGAACUACAGUGUUAGUGCGCCCAGCUGCAGCGUUAGUGCAUAUGAGUACAGUGCACCUAGCGUCAGCUACAGUGCGCCUAGCAUCAGCUUGAGUGCGCCUAGCAUCAGCUACAGUGCACCUAGUGUCAGCUACAGUGCGCCUAGCAUCGGCGUGAGUUCGCCUAGCAUCAGCUUGAGUGCGCCUAGCGUCAGCUACAGUGCGCCUAGCAUCAGCUUGAGUGCGCCUAGCGUCAGCGUGGGUGCAUCUAGCAUCAGCAGCGGCUACGGUGCGUCGUACGGCGGCGCGGGUUCCGGAGUCGUGAGCGCUGAAGGCCUCAUCGGUGCGUCCGGCACCACGGCCGUCGCCGGAUCCGUGCCGGUGCUCGGCUCGGUGGCGUUCAGUGGCGCAGUACCGGCGACGGGAUCCGUGUCCAUCCGGGGUCAGUGCGGGUGCGGUUGCAAUGAUGUUAGACAAAUAUUGAUCUAA